AUGAAUGUCAAUAUUACGACAUUUACAAACCCGUUUUCCUUUUUUUGUAAAAUACAAAGUGACGAUGAAUGUUUAAAUGUAUUGGAAACUAAUGUUGAUAAUCAAAAUAAUUUUCAUCAUUUUCACAAAAGUGACAUCUCUGAUUUUAACCAUGGUCAAUAUGUCGCAGUUCUGAGGAAUAAUAAAUGGAACCGUGGGGUUAUUAGCAUGGAGACACAGUUCCUAAUCUGGCUGGUGGACUUCGGAUUCUACUUGCGACCUGACGAGAAAACUGUAUUUAUUACUUUACCAGCAGAACACAAAACACUUCCCACGAAAAUAUUUGAAGCAAGCAUUCAUGGUGUCACACCUGUAGAUAAAACCAUGACGGAAUUCCUUCAAAUAGCCAACCAGACAACAACUGUGUGGAACGCAGGAGCCAUUGAAAAGUCACGGAUGCUGAUCAAGAGUGCUUUAAAGAUAAUUUUUGUUCCUAUAGCAUUGCUCAGCACCAAACAUAAUGAUAUAGUCCUUGGAGACCUGUAUCUGCAUUUACCCAACAAAGGUAUAACAAACCUAGUUGAUGAAUUGGAGCUGUGGCCUGUCUUCCUUGAAAGGAAUAAAGAAACCUACAUUGAAAAUUGGCCAAUUUAUUAUAACAACCACAGGAAACACAGAGCUUGUGUGCUGAAGCCUAAAUUUGAUGACUUUGAAAUACCCGCCGUUUCUUUAGGGAUAUCUUUGGAAGAAUAUAGCGCCAUCUGUGAGAACGCGCCGGUAUUAGAAGACGGGCUAAACAGCUCAUCGUCUUCCAUAGAUAGCAGCACCAGUUCGGAAAGUGCUAGCAACAAAAAGCAAAAAUUCCAUUUGCAUAAAUGGACCGCCGAUGAAAUCGAUGAGUAUGCACAUAUGUUUGUAACUAUACAUGGUAAAGAAUACAACGUAUUACACCUGCUCUUAAAUAAAUUAGCUGACUUGCAUAUGUGCAGAAAAUAUAGAGAUCACGAUUUAAAGUCGGUUGGGCGAGCAAAUCAUCGAUUGAACAGAAGAAAUGCAGACCGCGACAUUGGCAAUAUAUUUGACGAUUUCAUAUAAAAUACCUUACUGUCAACUGUGUCUUUUUCUAUAAACAUUGACAUUUAUUCCAGCCAUUUCAAAUUAGUUUGAUUAUAAGAUUUCUGGAGGAAUGAUCGGGACUCGUUCUCCGUGUGUGUAAUUUAUUGCUUUUGAAUAUGUUUUACGUAUGACCACCUGUGCGAUUAUGUACGCCACGACUUUAUUGGUCGCUAUCUAUAAAUCGUUAAAAGGUCGUGUUGAGAUCGUAAUUGUCUACACCAAAUCCGAUGGAAUUUUUGAUAAUAUCAAAAUCCACAAUGGCGGUCAAAAUCUAAAAUUAAACUCGGGCCACGAGCACUCAAACAGCUCCUGCGAUAUUUAAUUUGUUUUUGCAUUGUUAGAUAUUAUUAUUUAAAAAAAACUAGAUUUUUAUAUACUUAUAUAGUUUUCUACAGUGUUUUUCGGCAUACUCACUUUUAUAUGGUGAAUCACUUACCGAGAUAAAAUUUUAGAAAAUUCAAAGCCAGAAAGUUUAUUUUGUUUAUGUUUUAUUAAGUAUGAUAGGUAGAAGUGGAUGACAAAGGUUACGUCUUUUAAUUUAGUAAUUAUGCGUAGUAAAGCUCGCUUGAUUGUUGAUCUAGCGUUUAACUUUGUUGAUUGAUAUGAAGCAUGGCGACGAAAUAUGUUUUUGUUAUUAAAAAUUUGUUUAAGUUCCUCGAUUAAAUUUUUUUUUAAUAAAACGAGCUGAUUAUUGUAAUUUUAUGUUUUAUUUUAUAUACAAAUAUAAAUUCUUCCCUUAGGUAAAUAAACCUAAACUUAAGUCUUAA